AUGGUUAAAAUUAUGAAAAGUCAGAAGGUGGUAAUCGUCUUAGCUGGCCGCUAUGCUGGCCGCAAGGCGGUUGUUAUCAAACCAUACGAUGAAGGUAGCAAUGAACGUGGUUAUGGUCAUGCACUCGUUGCUGGUAUCUCUCGCUAUCCACGUAAAGUAACUAAACGAAUGGGAAAGAAGAAACAAGCACGACGAAACAAAGUCAAACCUUUCGUUAAAGUUAUUAACUAUAAUCACUUGAUGGCCACUCGAUACACUGUUGAUAUCAACUUCGAAAAAAGUUUAAUCAAUAAGGAGGUAUUCCGUGAUGCUGGUCUUCGACGAAAAGCACUUCGAGAUGUUAAAGAUAAACUCGAAGAACGAUACAAAACAGGCAAACACAAAUGGUUUUUCCAAAAAUUACGAUUUUAA